AUGGAGAUAGAGAGGAAAAGGGUUGAUGUUGAGUUGCACGCGGCAAAGAUUAAUGAUUUGAAAAUACUCUCGAAGGAUACAUCAAAUAUGACACCAAGAAAACUACAAGAUCACAAAUUUUUAUGCGGUGUAAUUAGAGGUAGAUAUGGAGUUAAUUAA